AUGGAACAAUCAAUAUAUUCCUCACCGAGUCAUCAAUAUCACAUUCCACUUCAUCAGCACUAUCCACCUUGUGAUCAAGGUGCCUCAUAUAUGAUGAUGAUUUCCCCAGAAAAACACUCCCCGUUUACAUCUCCUGCUCGCCCGAACUAUAUUAUCAAUAACCCUUCAGUAAGAUCAAAGACUCCAUAUCAAGCUACCCAGUCUAAUCAGUUGAAUAACUACAUGAGAUUUGGAAUUCCAAUGUCUGAUACGCGAACUCAUUUUAGGUCCACUGGGGCGGCCUACGAAGAAAAACUCACAAAUAAUAGUGGCCUAGUUUACAGUGAAUAUGUUGGCACCAGCUGUGUUGAGCAAAAUACUGAGAAGCGUGUAUUUCCAGAUGCUUUUAAUCCUAGACAAGAUCCAAACAUGUCACACAAGGAGAAGGUACCUAUAUGGAUUGAUAAUAUCCCUCUGAUAAUCAAUGACAAUAAUUGGACAAGUAGCUGCUAUCCUGCAAUUUUAGAGGAUGAUAUCGAUGAUAUCGACUGUCCUUUGGCACCCACUUCCGAAGAGAUAUCAGAAGCUCAAGCGAGAAGAGUGACACUUCUUAGUAUUAAAGUGUAUUUAGAAGAAACAAAUGAAAGAAUAAUAACCCCAGAUCUACAGGAAAAAGCAAAAAAAAUUUUAAGUGAAUCAGGAAAUUUCCAACAGUAUGAUGAUUCAAUGAAUGAUCAGCUCACUUUUGCUGAUGACUAUAACAUCGAGAACAAACUGACAAGAAUUCAAUCCACUCCAAGAAAAAGAAAAUCAAGAAAGCGCUGA